CUGCUGGUCUGCGUUAAUCUGCUCUGAAGCGCAUUUAAAGGACAACCAUCUGCCGCGCGGCAUCUCUCCACAAGCUCCACAUUAGACCAGAAUCGACUCGAAGUUUCUUACUCUCACGGGAAACUAGAUCAAUGUAAGGUUAUUUUUUUGAGAGCAUCGGUCAAGAUAAAGGGGAAAGAUGUCGCUGCUGUCUCCGGGGCUCCGGUCCUCCACCAGCUGCUGCCUGUGCUGCCAUGUCCGCACAGGGACCAUCCUCCUCGGUGUCUGGCACAUGCUUUUCAAUAUGGUGGUGCUGACCAUCCUGCUCCCUGCACUGUGGGAUCCACACAUGUAUCAACUAAUCAGCACCGAGUUUUCCAGCGGCCUGGAUGUCAUAGAUGAUGAUAAUACAUUAUACAUUGUCUCAGCCAUUUCUUUGCUGAUGAUAAUCAUAAGUGGCAUGGCAACAUAUGGCGCUUUCAAGUUGCGACCAGCUUGGAUUAUCCCAUUCUUGUGCUACGAGUGUUUUGACUUCUGCCUGAACAGUCUUGUGGCUCUGUGCCUUAUUUUUAAUCCCAGCACCAUCCGGGACUAUGUCAAACAGCUGCCCAAUAAUUUUCUGGACAAAGAAGUUGAUGUGGAGUACAUGGCUGUCGCUGUGGCGUUUUUUAUCACCUGUAUUCUCAUUGUCAAGGCCUACCUAAUAUUAUGUGUGUGGAGAUGCUAUGUGUACGUGAGCAGCUGGGGCACUACAGAAAUACUGAAUUAUAUCACCACCAAUGACACCACCGUGCUGAUACCUCCAUAUGACGAUACUGUGGCUUUCCCUCCUGAAAAGUCUCCUCCUCCUCCUUCAUACUCCACCUCUGUCUCAGCUUGAACCACAGGCAUGUCCUGGGAGCCCGGUGUGAAUAAAAACCUAGCAAACCCAUCUCACUGUCUCAGAGUUGCCUCACAGUAAAGGAUAUACAGUCUAUAACGGGCGCUAUCAAUCAUACAAAUUUGUAAAAUUACAUUAGCGUUAGAAUUGUGAGAUAGUUUGGCAAUAUUAGUGUUUCAAUAAUACAGGAUUGCUAGCUAUCAGCAGUAUAAGUCAUUAGAAAAUAUAGCCUACUUUUUUUUUUCUUUGUAUGUGUUUCAAAUAGUUAAAUGUGCUCAUCGGCAGCAUUGGAAAUGCUUUGAGUUUUAUUGAGUUAAAGUAAAACAUGCAUGACAUGUAUGUAUGUCAUCAUGUAUGUACCCUGUAUUUGGCUUUGAUACUUGACCAAGUCCUUUUUCAUUUCAGUUUGAAAGUAGUUUACAAAUUUAGUUGUAUGGUCAUAGCAGGCCGUUUUACAUGGGUGACUUCAGGUUGAAUUGAAGUUAUAUUACCCACAAAGGUUGAAUCUGUGGGAAAAGGAUUUACAAGCAUGAAAACGUUUUUAGUUCUAAGUAAUAGUUUUCAGUGCAGUUGUUAUUUUUGGCUAUAGUGGAAAACUGAACAAACAUGACAGUUACUACUGUAAUAUUUGGCAUUUAGUUAAAAGCGCUGCAAAGAUGGAUAGAUUUACUUUAUUUUAGUACUUGCAUUAGGUUAUUCUUAUACUGUGUUUUUGUUUACUACAAGCCUUUUUUAUGUUUCUGGCUACAUCAUAUGGCUAAGGUAUUUGUCUUUGUUCAUAAUCAUGUUGGAUUGCCGUCAUCCAAAAUCUUACAGUGAUGAUGAUGUGAACUUAUUUUUAAGUGUCGUACAGACUAUAAGCUCCCAAAAUAAAUGGACCUCAAAUCUAAUGUGAUGCAAUGCACAGCCUAGUAUACACCAAACAUAUCAUGCAUUAUAUUGUUUUGUUUGUGUUGAGUUGACCUCCAUAAAUUAAAUAUGUUUGUUUAUUGUUUGUAAAAGAUUGUGUGUUACUUACAUAUACCCAGGACCCACUGAUCUGGCAUCAGUUUGUCUAAAGUCACAUUGUACAGGUUGUUGUAAGAGUUGCAUGUUCUCGAGUCUGAUAAAUAUGUAAUGUUCAGGUAAUCGUGGUUCUGUGAGUGAGGGGAUGAUGAAGAACUUGUGUUUUUACAAUUAAAGUGAAUGGGAAAAACCUGUGGUUUAUGUAAACAGAAAGGUCUCUUUCACCAGAUGUACUGGCAGCUGCUCCUGGACACAGGACUUGACAGAAUGAACAAGUAAAAUGUGACAUUUGUUAAUACAUUUAAAAUAAAGUCUAGUUUUAUUGAA